AGACGGGACUCGGUGGCCGAAGAUGGCUGUGAGUGCAGCGAAGCAGGAUGCGCGCCGGCGUCGGGAAACAGAACGCUCUUGCCAAGCUGUCGCGCCACGUGGCUGAAAUACUGAUCUUCACAACACUACGAGCUCCAUAGAUACAUACCGACUUACAGAAGAUCAAACAAUUUCAACUGGACAAGGAUUCGCAAUUGCAGUAUUCAAAACGCCGAUCAUAUCCAGAGCCUCGUCCUCAGAGCCUCAACUUCCUGAAGCGCUGUAUCAACGACCCACGACUCCACUAAUCAUCGCGUCAAGGGCCACUUCCCCUCACGAAUCCAUGAACCUCCACAGUCGCACUCGGGGAACGGGUGUCCUUUCUCGGCAACGCUACCUCUGGCGUCUCGCCUUCGUCUCCACCAACUCCUUCAUCACUUCUCUAAUCUCAUUAGGUCUUACCGGCGCGUCAUCCAGAUCCACCUUCGAAGCUGAUGAUACUAUAGUUGCGUGGGCUUUGGCGGCUUGGGUGGCUUCCCCGGCUUUCCUUUCGGUAGCUGAUGGAACACGGCAGUCGUGUCAAAGGCGGGUUUGUUCCCGCGAUCAUCCUCGGUUUCGGCUAUUCGAUCAUGUGACCAUCCUUGAUCAUCGCCUUCAGCAACUUAUAUCCCAGAAAGAUCAGCUUCGUGAUAAUCGAUUGCAGGUCGAGAGUUCUGCUCACUGUUCUCAGAGAGAGCUGUUUGCAACCCUUCUCGAAGCUUCAAAAUUGCGAUUUCCAAUGCUAUAUUCUGGUCGUCCAUCUGUCGGACGAACUCAGCUUGCUCUACCGCCAAGACGUCAGGCUGAGCAUCGAUUUCGUCAAUAUGGCGCUGUCCAUCUGACAGUAGCUCUUCCAGAGUUGCUUUGAUCUCAUCUUCAACCAGAUCCAGGCUAUCUGCA